AUGUUGCAAAACAGGAACCCAAAGCUGAUGCACUUGCCGAAGUUAGCAUGGGAGCCUGUUCGCAGAAACCUUGUUCCAUUUUUAUCUCCACUGCAUAGUAACAUUCCAUGCUUUCAUCACGGCCUCAUAGGGAACUUCACAAGGGUUGAAAAAGUUCGGAUGGAAACGAGUUUGCAGAAACAGAGCCAGCAUCAAGCAGUACAAAACAAAAGCUACGCCAAAGAGCACAACAGCACCACUGGACCUCAAACAAACACUCCACAGUUCCGCAAAGCCAUCAAGAAGGCAUCAGCAACGCUCUAG